GAAGACGCACCUCACGAGCGGUCCAUCUCUCAAAGUCGCUCCCGGUCGAUACCUGCUCGGUAUGACAUGCAAUACAAAGCUGUAGAGAAGACGAAGAAUACAGUGCAGGAUCUUGACGCUCUGAACCGUGACCUGUCCAAUCGCAUCCCUGAAACUGCUCUGGAACGAGAGGUUCUCGAGACAUCACCCACUGUCGAGGAGGAGAAGUUGAAUUUCUUCCCAGAAGAAGUGCCGCAGGAUGUUAAGCACCUUUUGGAUUGCAAGACAUAUCAGAUACCUGUCGUUCUUGUCGUGUCGCGCGAUUACUUGCUCUUGCCGUUCAACCUUCCGGAAGAUUGUGGUAUAUGCGUACUCGGAUUCUACAAGAUCGUGGAAGUCGAGCGAACCGCCCUCGUUCAGAGCGAGGAUGAUGAAGAGCGAACAGUGCGUGUGACUUGGCACUUCAAGCUUCGCUGGGUACCUGGCGGUGAGAACGCUCCGGAGGACCAGCAGCCCACAUAUCCGUGGUGGCAAAAUUCUGCAGCUCUCCCUGCGGCAGAGAUGGAUGAGCCGUCGCCACACUCGCUUCUCCCGAUGCAUCUACGAUCUGAGUUCGAUAAACCUAGCUUCGAAGCGACCGUGGCGUCAGAGCUCGUCAUUAAGAAGGGCUGGCACUGUGUGCAGUGUGGUCGGCUAAAUGUGCAGCGGCUUUUAUGCUUCCAGAAGUGCGAGACAUGCCAGGCUGGUAACGACAUGAUCCCGGUCGAUGCGCAGUAUGUUCGCGACCCGCACAAGAUGACGCCCGACGCGACGCCUCUGGACAGAUACCCCGAAACAGUGACUGUGAACGUCCUGGGGGGCGAGAAAGGCGGCUUGCGGACGUUUGUGUACGCCAUAGGAGACUCGGUCGAGAUCAAACAUGUGUUCACGUGCAACCGGACGAAGAUGCAGCAGGCGGCGGACAGGCUGUUCCUCGACUUCCAGAUGGAAGUUCCGAUGACUUGGCAGGGAGCAAAGACAAAGGUAGCAACAGGGCCCUAUUUCACUUGCCUCGUUGGUGUCGGUCAUGAGGGGCAUCCGCCAAGUAUUGGCUGGACUUCUAUCCCGCCCUCCGUGAAGCUAGCACGUGAAGUCAUAGAAACGUGGGCCACAAAGCAUGCUGCGGAAGAGAAUUUCAGGAUCGACCAGCUCACGAUUCUCGGCUGGCACAAGACGGGUAGUCGGAAGGGCACCGCCUUGCCAAAUAGGGGCCGGACGAUCGCCAUGCUCUGUCUGGGCUCGGAUAUUGAGCUCAACAUCACCCCGAAGCAUGGAUUCCCGGUUUCAACUCGUUCUAUCAGCAAGCAGCCUGAGCGCGUGUCGGCGCGACAAGCGAUAACGAAGGCUGCCGAGUCCGAGGACGAGUUCAGUGCGGUGUUUGACGGCCCGCUUAGUAGCUCAGAGGAUGAGGCCUUGUCGACACGCCGUGCUGCCAGCACCCGGGCAAUGACCGAGAGGAAACCGACCGAGUCCAUGUUCGUGAUUUUGGUUCAUGGGGAUAUGCUCUUGCUGUCUGGUGAUGAGUUUGAGUACACGUUGCACCGUACUGGAAUGAGCAUGCUCUUGAUUGGUACACAGUACGCUAAAGGCAUUAUCCGUAAUGGCUGAGCGGACCUACACAUCUAGAGAUUUUUUUGCAUAAUUUAUUGCUAUGUUCAUUGCUUUCUCUGUCAACACACACAUCGUCAGGACAUCGAGGAUCUCCCGGGGGCUGCAUGCAUCAUUGUACCUUAGAGCACCAUGCAAUACCUGUACAUAGCC